UUUCAAUCGCCGGGGAGGAGGGGGUAGGGUAGCAAGCAGGCAGCUCACACUCAUCUAGUCUACAGACGUUCAACACAAUCGCAUUUCUAUUCAAGGUAGCGGAAGGAGGGAAGGCAAACGUUGUCAAAGAACGCGAGGACUUUUUAGGCCAGAGAGGGCGCUUAUUAGGAAAUUAUAGAUCUACCGAUAAUUGUACAGUUUAUGGCAGUUCAGCCUAUACUGUAGCUGAUAGAUUGUAACAACUAGAUAAAGGAAACGAAAGGGGACUAACGUUUACCAGGCAUGGCGGCAGCGUUGCCCAGAACUCUGGGGGAGCUGCAGCUCUACCGAAUCCUCCAGAGGGCCAACCUGCUGUACUACUACGAGGCCUUCAUCCAGCAGGGAGGAGAUGACGUGCAGCAGCUCUGUGAGGCCGGGGAGGAGGAGUUCCUAGAGAUUAUGGCUCUGGUGGGCAUGGCCAGCAAGCCCCUGCAUGUCCGGAGGCUUCAGAAAUCCCUGCGAGACUGGGUCACCAAUCCAACGUUGUUUAAUCAGCCUCUGACAUCUGUACCGGUGUGUAGUAUACCAGUCUAUAAGUUACCCGAGGGGUCACCCACGCCAGUCGGCGCGGAGCGAGGGGGUAACAACAGCGCCCGUGGCGAGACCCAUGUCAAGGUUCCCAAAAUCAUAGCUGCGACAUGUCUGGAUCCAGGAAAGCUGGAAGUGGCCAGGGACAGAGUGUCAGGGGGGUCUCCACUGCAGAGCGGCAGUGAGGGGCGCUUCUGGUCGGGACACAGCAACGACAGCGAACAGAGCCUCUCUCCGUCCGACCGGGGGUCUCCGUCGUCCCCCCGAGAGGGUCUGGAGGCACUUGACGCUGCAGCUUUGCAGUCUGUCCUGGAGUGUGUGGACCGGAUAACCCCGGCCCUGUCCAAGAGCGACCCCGCAGAGGUCAAAGAGCAGCUGAAGACCAAUAAGAAACUUGCCAAGAUGAUUAGCCACAUCUUUGAUAUGAGUGAUGAUGAUCCAAGGAGAGCGGAGGAGAUCAGGAAGUAUAGCGCCAUCUACGGACGCUUCGAUUCAAAGAGGAGGGACGGCAAACAACUGACGCUUCAUGAGCUGACAGUGAACGAAGCAGCAGCCCAGCUGUGUAUGAGAGACGUGGUGCUACUGACCCGUAGAGACGAGCUGUUUGGCCUGGCCAGGCAGAUCUCCAGAGAGGUCACCUACAAAUACACCUACAGGACCAGCAAGUCUCGCUGCGGCGACAGAGAUGAGCCGUCUCCUAAAAGAAUCAAGACAGAGGAGAACUUCUUUGACAUCCAGGAGGCUCUGCAGGCCAUCCACAUGAGACAGGGCAUACUGAGAGAACAGCUAGCCUGCGCCAAGUCCAAAGGAGAGGAGAUAGUUGGGAGAAACCUUCAGGUGCAGUUGGACCGUCUGUUAGCCAGACAGAUGGAGAUCCUCCAUGAUGCCGCGGUACAGGAGAGGUUACACGCUCUGGACUGGAGGAUACCUGCAGGGGCUUUGAAGUACCUCAGCGAGGCUCCAGGCACCAACGGCACGUCGGUAGACAAAAGCACAGAGCACCAAGACGAGCGACCAAGGAACUUGCGGGUGCCCAGUAAGAGUGUGGCGGAGGGGGAGCUUCCCCUGGGGAAGCAGCUAGCCAAUGAGCUCAAACGAUUCCAUAACAACCAUAACACAGAUGAGGCCAAAGCACCAGCAACAGAAAAUGGAUCCUCGCAUCAAGCGGCCAACCACACUGACAGGAAGACCAUCAAAUCAGAACCAGAGGAUUCCACCUAGUGCCUCCCAUCCUUCGACUGUUUCCCCAUCCGGUUUUAGUCAUCAUUUACACUUUUUACACUAAGCAUCUAUCUCAGUCAAAUCAAUGGAUACUAAAGCAAGCACAGCCACAGUCGAGCCUUAACAAACCAACGUUGCCUCAAAAAAAAAAAAAA